AUGAAAUACGUCACAGGACAUAAACUCAUGGGCGUUGGGACCGAAGCUCAAGGUAGCACCAUAACGGUGAGCAUCUACACAGUAACAUCAAAGACCAUCACGGUUCAGUGGAGCAGAUAUGCAGGCGCCAGCUCGUACAAGGUCACAGCCACGCCGAGAAACUCGCUUGAGCCAUCUGUCUUCACCCACUUCAGCGGGAACAACAUCAUGGGCACUGUCGGCUCCCUGUCCACUAAUACCCCCUACACCAUCCAAGUGGAGGCUAUGGAUGACUCCAUGAAUGUCUUGAGCCAGACGGAUGUGGAGGGAGAAACAUCACCUGAGGUGCCUAUCAUUGAGGCAGCCACAUCCAAACAGAGCCAGAACAUGACUGUGGAGUUCACUGAGGUCCAGGGUGCCACCUCCUACAUCUUACGUGCAGUAACUGCCGAUGGCUCCUUCUUCUCCGAGACCACAGUUCCUGGCUCUCCGGGAACAAUCGAGGGUCUCCAACCAUACACAGAGUACACCCUAAACGUCAUGUCCGUCAACGCCGGAGGCAGGAGUCAAGCUUCCCUCCCAGUGCAAGCAAAGACAGUGGUUUCAGCCCCUCAGCUUACCGCCACCUCCCCCAACAACGACACUAUCGUGCUGGACUGGGCUCCUGUGGACCACGCUGUCCUCUACACCCUCAGCAUCAUCAGAGAGGGAUCAGACAGCCAGCACCGCCUCAACACCACCGACACCUCCAUCAGCUUCCAGGACCUGGAGGCUGGGACCAACUACUGCAUCACAGCCAAAGCCUGGGACCCUGAGAGCAACCCUGGAGAUGACUUCACCAUCUGCCAAGUCACACGUCCUCCCACUCCUCAGUCCAUUGAGCUGACGGUGACAUACAGUCAAGAGGCAGGUCUGUCCGUAUCAUGGGCGGUGGCUCAGGGGGCAGAGCAAUACCUGGCUGUGAGCUCCAGGGGCCUCAACUGCUCCUCCUCCUCCAGCCCCUGUGUCAUGACCACUCUUCAGUGUGGGGAGAGAUUCUCCGUCAGUGUCACCGCCGUCAACCAGGCUGGGCCCAGCUAUCCCUCUGACCCGCUGGACUUUAUCAGCUUCCCCUGCCCUCCAUCACCUUUGUGGAUGGAGGAGGCAGUUCCAGGGAACUGCUCGGUGUCCUGGAAUGCCGUGCCUUGGGCCGAGCGCUACACCGCCUUUGUGAAGAGGGACGAUGGCACUGAGGAGAUGUGUAACUCCACUGACACAGACUGUAGUUUCCACUGCCGCUGUGGCUACACCUUCCUCAUGACAGUGUUCGCCUACAACCAGGCCGGGGCCAGCCCCCCGGGGACAGUGCUUAACUACACCACCCUCCCUUGCUGUCCAGACGAUGUUUCAAUCUCAUUGGUUUCCACGGAGACGCUAGAGAUUGGGUGGUCAUCAGUACGGGGGGCAGAGGUAUACGAAACAAGGGCAGUGGACGAAUCAGAGGUGAUCUUGUGUAAUGACACGGCUCCUGUGUGUGCGCUUUCUGGCCUCACCUGCAAUAGCCGCUACAGUGUGGUGGUUACUCCAUGUAAUGAACUGCGUGGCUGCAACCGAGCCUGCCAACCACAAACCCACGAAACUGCUCCCUGUAUGCCUGAGAUAUUGAGUAUUACUCAGAACAACUCAUCCUCCAGUGUCACUAUCACCUGGAGUUCGGCUAACACAGCUGCUAACUACACAGCCAACCUCAUAGGUGCAGGCACCAGCCACAGCUGUCAGUCAAGUGGAACAUCCUGUGAGGUGCACAGCCUGCCCUGUGGCUCUGUGUACGAGGUCAGUGCCAUCGCUUCCACGGCAGCAGGCCUGAGCAUGCCCAGUUACACCGUUCCCUUGGAAACAGGCCCCUGCUGUCCGGCCAGCUUAACUGUUAGUCAGGUGACUCAGGCCAUGAGCAAUGUAACAUGGUCAGCAGCUCGAGGGGCCCAGUCCUACGUCACUUCUCUGUCAUCACCACGAGGAGACGCCCGGUGCCACACCCUAGACACACACUGCCUAAUGGGAUGUAUCACCUGUGGCACCAACUACACCGUCUCACUGGAGGCCAUAAGCCGAACAGGGCACAAGUCUGAGUGCACCUAUCACGGCUUUUCUUCCAGUGAGUGCUGUCCCUCUGGUGUGAGGUUAUACAGGAUGUCCAAUAACACAUUACGGGUGCACUGGAGGUCCUCCGGCUCCCUGCUAAACCACACGGCGGACGUUUAUGGUAGCGUGUCAAACUACACAUGUAGCCCACCUCCUGGUGCUAACACAUGUGACGUGUCAGAGAUAGUGUGUGGAGACGUGUACACCGUGGUGGUCUCACCCAUCGGUCGUGAUGGGACUAAGAUCCAGUUUUGUCCAAGGAGGAUGUACUCAGUUUCCUGUGCAGGCAACAACGUUGGAAUGGUCAUCUAUCGAGGGAGAAGAAGUGUGGACUAA